CAAGUGAACUCUUUUUAGUGCCCACCUCCCACGUGUGCUUCAACCAGAGCAGCUAGCGAGCAGCCAUGCAGAGUGAUGACGUGGUGUGGGGAAUCAUUAGGAACUCCUUCUGCUCCUUCAAAACCAAGACACGAGAGAACACAUUCUGUCGGAAUGAGUUCAAUGUGACUGGUCUGUGUUCGCGGCAGGCCUGCCCCUUGGCCAACAGUCGCUAUGCCACCAUCAGGGAACAUGAGGGUGUGGUCUAUCUGUAUAUGAAGACCAUAGAGAGAGCUCACCAGCCGGCACGCAUGUGGGAGAGAGUCAAACUGAACAGAAACUAUGAGACUGCACUGAAACAGAUAGAUACUCACCUGAUUUACUGGCCCAAAUUCCUCACACACAAAUGCAAGCAGAGAUUUACCAAGAUCACCCAGUACCUGAUUCGGAUGAGGAGACUGAACCUCAAGACUCAGAAGAAGCUGGUUCCUCUCAACAAGAAGGUGGAGACCAGAGAGAGGAGAAGAGAGGACAAGGCCCUAGUGGCUGCGAGGAUCGACACUGCUAUUGAGAAGGAGCUGCUCCAGAGACUCAAGAAAGGAACAUAUGGGGAGAUCUACAAUUUCCCAACCACUGCUUUUGAGACGGCACUGGACUCUGCUGAGGUUGAGGACGAUGAGGAAGAAGAGGAGGAGGUGGAGUAUGUGGCAGAGGAGGAGUGUGAGGAGAGUGAUGUCAGCGAUAUAGAGGAGUGGGCGAGGGGAGAGGAGGAAGAGGAGAGUGAGGAAGAGGAAGAAGCUGUGGCACGAAAGACUCCUCGUAUUGAGAUUGAAUAUGAAACUGAACUGCCAUCAUCAUCCAAACUCAAAGUCAAUAUUUAAUUUUUUUACACUGACAAUAUAUUCACACAAUAAAGGCUGCUAAUGAGAGGAGUCAUUUCCUGCGUCCCCUCUGUCUUUUGCCAGCCGAUGCACCAGUCUUGGCGCUCCUCACUAGUCCCUGGAACUGGCCUGACAGCUUGGCUCUCUUCCUUCUGUUCAGCUUCUGACCCAGGAGAGGGACAUAGGCAUAGGGGUCCGGUUUACCUUUGAUCUUUACAUCACCACGAGCUUUCUGUAGAUUAGUGCGUCAAGUUUUCAUAUUGUGGCACACAUUCAUACAAGUGGUUCUACCAACGGUCUGACCUUUGCCCUAUACUCUGAGCCAUAGUUGAAGUCCAUCUUGUCAGGCUGCUUGCGAUGGAUCCCUUUUCCUCCUCCCCUCGCCCCGCCCACCUCUGACCCCUCCUCGGUUGACUCCCUCUUCCUCUUCCUCCUCCCUCCCUGUGUCAUCUAACUCCAUCUUCUCCUGUGACUGCUCCCCAGGUUCAGAUGGC